CAUGUGGAGGGGCAUUCACGACGUAAAUUUUGGAAUUGACUUGCGGUCCUUGAACCUUUUAUCACCUACUAUACACAUCAAGAUCUGUCGCACGUAAUCUCUGCUUGAGCGCAGUAUAGAUCACAGAGCAUGGCCGAAGCCUUAAAUUUAGGCUUUCCCUGCACUUUAACCGUCAAAGUCCCGUUUCCGUCUCCACAUCUCUCCAAUACCGCCCUACGUACACUUUCCGUUGACGCUGAACUUUCGCCCUUCGUCCGUCGCUCGUUCUCCAUUCCUUCUACAGACCCGUCGGUCCUUGAAGUACGAUACGUUGCGACGACGCAUCGUAUGCUACGGGUCGCUGUUAACGGAUUCUUUGAGAGUCUGGGUGUGGUACUGGGCGUCAUGGAGGAGUUGGAUGUGGAUACGCUGAGCUUGGAUGGAAAGGAGGAGGUUUGGGGAGUGGGUGUGCAGGGAUUAGUCAAAGGAGAUGGGAACUGAGAUGGAUGGUCAAUUCAUGAGGUUGGCCACGCUCCAGUUAUGUCGAAUUACACACGGAGCAGCUGGGAUCAACCGAUGGAAUUUGAAAGAGCGUGUAGCUGUAG